AUGGCAAAACAUUUGAAUUUUAGGGCGAUUCCCAGGAUUGGGAUCACGAACGCAGUUAGGUUUGCGUGGAAGGAGAAGGACAUGGAGCCUUUUGGAAGGGAAACCUUUGGGAGGACUUUGUUGAUGGGAGUGUUAAAGCUGGCGGUAAAGGACGUGAUGUGCCUCCAGGCGAACCCCUUGGAAGGGGCUUAUGAUGUGGUUUUUCACACGGAGGGGAAGCAUGACGAGGUCAUGAAAAAGGCGAGGGAGGUGGAGAAGGACAGGCCGAUGUGCCACUACGAUGUGACAAAGUUGGCCAAGAACAACUUCAGGGUAAUAACAGUAAACAUGUAUAACCCGCAUGUUAAGGAUGAGGAGGUGAGGGCUUUUAUGGGGAGGUAUAUGGACAAUGUCUCCUCGGCAAGGCUCCUCAAAGACUCGCUAGGGUUCUGGAACAGGAGGAGAAGCUUCCAGGCUCUGUUGAGGGAAGACCCAAAGGGCCUGGGAGGUUACCUUCAUCCUCCAGCUCUGUUCUCCCUGGGGGCUGACAGGGGUCAUUGUUUUAUGCCCGUCAGCCCCCUUUCUUAAGACGAUGCAUGGCCUAUGGCCAUAAUUUUGCCUCAUGUGGGGCGAAGAAACGCAGGGUGUGUGGGUCUGAAGCACACGAGGCGAGGGACUGUGACGAGUCAAAGAAGUGCCACCAGUGUGGAUCGUCUGCAGCUGGUGGGGGAGCAGGGGCAGGAGCGGGGGAUGGAGGAGGCGGCGUCUCCAAAGAACAGAGGGAAGAGGAGGGGGAGAUCCUUGGACAGGAAGAGGGAAAUGGGUGGUGGGGGAGAGGGGGGGGGGGCAAGCGUGUCAUGGGGGAGAAGGGCGCUGUGGGGGAAGAAUCUCCUGUGUCCUUGCUGGCCCCCCUGACGCACGGGGGCGGGGGGAGGGCUCAGAAUCCACUGCACUGUUCCCAACCUGUUUUGAGAUUUGGGUUUUGGAGGUGGAUGGUGGUGAGCCCAGGUUGCAGGGAACCCAGGAGCCAAACACCAUUCCUGCAUCUUGGGUUGGAGAGAUGGAGGGGAGUGGGGGGGCAUCUGGGGUGGAGUCGGAGUCCCUACAGGAGGAGAUGGAGCAGGGGAGCAUCAGGUGAGCCUCCUGUUUUGUUUUGUUUUGUUUUUUGGGGUUUAGUAGGUUGUAAUUUGUGAAAUGUAUUAUGGCAGGGAUUAUUUUUGUUACUUUAAAUGUGAGGGGAAUAAGGGAGGAUGUUAAAAGAAGGGUGGUUUUGGGGUAUUUAGAGGGGGUGGGUUUUGAUGUUUGUUUUAUACAGGAGGUUCACCUAAGGGAUAGUGGGGAUGUAAUAAGGUUUAAGAGAGAGUUGGACAAGGGAGAGUUGGUUUGGGGUAUAGGGGGGGUGCACUCAUCGGGGGUAAGGAUUUUGUUUGGGAAUAGGGAGGUGAAGGUGGAGGGCACUUUGGUAGGUAUGCAGGGGAGGGUUUUGGGGGGUGGAUGUCACAGUAAGGGAUGAUAGAUAUAGGGUAAUUGGGGUGUAUGGGCCACAGUUGGCGGCAGGCAGGAGGGAGAUGGUGGACUGCCUGGCGCCGCUGUGUGCCACAAAUAGACACUUGGUGAUAGGGGGGAUUUUAAUAUAG